GAGCAGACACCUCUGUCAGCAGGUUUAAAAUCGUUGCCUUUUGGGAGCCUUUGUCAUUGAAUAAUUGGGGUUCGUGGGCGGAUCGGACCCUGUUGCAUGCAGGAGUUGGCGUCUCUUGUUGGCGUGUGUGUUUGUGUUCAGAUAAGCUAUUUCGAAGGCUGAUGUUCUCUCCCUGAUAUAUGUGAAAUGAUGUGUCCUUGCAUGUGUGUUGUGGUUAGCUUAUCUUGUGCUAAUGACAGCCUGGAGGGAUGUUUGUGUAAACAGACAUGGGAGGAUGAUGUAGAGGAGGAGGAGGAGAGGCCAGAAAGGAGGCAUGUUCUGACUGUCUGCUUCACAUUGAGAGAUGAGCCCCUGAAUGAACUCUUCGGCCUCUGUGGUAAUGGGACGAAGAGUCUGCAGUGAUGCCAGAGGCUGUUACUGUACUCGGACACAGCUGAGCUUUGAGGUAAAUGGUCAUAUAAACUGACUGACACAAUCAAAACUACAGCAAAGGGCCCCAUAGUUGAGAUGUUAAACAGUAAGAAUAAAAACAGGACACAAGUGAUUGUGAGUCACAAUGGUGAACGAUAGCAUAGUGGUCGAUGUGUCUGCUUGAUGAAUGGGUGUUUUAAGCACCACAGGAAGUCACGUCUAUAUAAGGUCUUUUUGCGGCCGACGCCCCAAACCCUAAUGAGCACGUGCAAAAACGAGUUUCUCACCACAGCAGGGGGAGGUUGAGGGACCAAUCAGGAUCCGUGGUGUCAUUCUCAUCACCACCUCUGUCUAUUCAAAGCAACUAUUGAUGCGUUUGGACCAUCUCAUCAUCGUUAUCAGAUUAAUCAAUUGUAAUCAGCGCUCUGUGUGUGUGUCUAAUUUUGUUCUGGCAACUGACUGUCUGAUCUGAUAAACGUUUCUAGCAGAGCACCCUGCAGAGAGCACACGGUCAGCGGCCCCUUAAGCUACACGGUUAAACACAGAUAUGUUCUGGUUUCAUUUUAUUAAAUGAUGUCUGGUGAUCACUGGUAAGCCUGGUCUGCUCUGUCCUAGGGAGGGAGGGAGGGAUGGGAGGAGUGUUGGGGGAGAGGAGGAGUGAUGAAGGGAGGCACUGUUUGAAGAGCUGUAGUGAAGUUAGAGUAGUUACAGAUAGACAGAUGGCAGCAGAGAGAGACAGUUAGGGGAAAGUGAAUAAAGUCUGUUAAAUUGGGAAAGAGACCAGAUUACAUAGAGAAAGUGUGUAAUUUAAGGAAGAUGUUACUUUAACUUUUUGGAUUUACUUUUGUCCCUAAACUUGUUUUUUUUCCAGAUAUUUUUACUUUCUGAUUUAUCUUCUCAGUGCUGAAGAGUUAGGUUUUUAGAGAGUGUGUGUGUGUGAGCGUGUGCGUGUGUGUAUUUAUGUGUGUGAAAUAGUAGCAGUGCGUUAUGGAACUGGAGCGUUUAGGGGGUGGUGGGGUAAAACCCGAGAGGGGCAACAGUCGUCUCUACAAGAUAGCACUGGCCAUGUGUGUGUGUCUCUGUGCCGCCCUGCUGCUUGCACUCAUACUGGUCUCUCAGAAAUCUAGUCAGGAGGAGUUCUGUCUGACCCCAGAAUGCAUUGAAGCAGCGGGGUCUGUUCUGAGUAAAAUGGAUCAGUCCGUUAACCCCUGCGAGGACUUCUAUAGUUUCUCCUGUGGCAGUUGGUUAAAGGAGAACCCGAUCCCUGAAGAUUCCUCCUCGUAUGGCAUCUACCCUUGGCUGCGACAGAAUGUCGACCUACGACUCAAAGAGUUACUAGAAGCUCCUUCAGACCCUGAUGAACUGGAGGCUGUGACUAAAGCUAAGAUCCUCUACCGCUCCUGUAUGAAUGAGACUAUACUGGAGAAGUUGGACAACAAACCCAUGCUGAAAACACUUAGACAGCCUGAGUUUCGGUGGCCCGUUGUGGGGGAUGGGCUCGGCGGGGAGUACCAGUGGUCGGCGGUGGAGUGGAGCCUCCUGAAGACUCUGACAGAGAUGAGGAACCAGCACAGUAAGAGUGUCCUGAUUCGCCUGUACGUCAGCCCCGAUGACAAAAAAUCCUUACAAUACGUCAUCAAGCUCGAUCAGGUGUCCUUGUCUCUGCCCUCGAGGGAAGACUACAUCACCAACACUUCCUCUGCCCGGGCGUAUCGUGCCGCCUUGCUGAGUUUGAUGGUAGAUACGGCCGUCAUGCUGGGCGCUCCAGAGAAAGCAGCACUGACCCAGAUGAAAGAGACUCUCGACUUCGAGACCAAACUCGCUCAUAUCCUGAUUCCCUAUGAAAACCGCAACAGUGACAACAUGUACAACAAAUGGUCACUCUCUGACCUACAGAGCUCCAUUCCACAGUUCGAUUGGCUGGGUUUUGUAAAAGCUGUGGUGGAGUCUAAAGUCGACCCGGGUCGGUCCAUCUCCCCCUCUGAGUCCGUUAUUGUCCGAGCGCCGCAGUACUUCAAAGAACUUUUCAAGCUCAUUAACACCACAGAUAGCAGGACUGUAGCUAACUACGUACAAUGGAGGACAGUUUUAUCCAGGAUCACCACCCUGAGCCGGCGUUUCCUUUACAGAUACCUGGACUUUGCUCGGGUAACCACAGGAACCACCUCCCUGACCCCGCGCUGGGACAAGUGUGUUAACUACGUCGAGAACACACUUGGUUAUGCCACCGGGCGCCUCUUUGUCAACACACACUUCGAGGAGGACAAGAAACACAUGAUGGAGGAGCUGAUCGAGGGCGUUCGCUGGGCGUUCAUCGACAUGCUGGAGAAGGAGAACGACUGGAUGGAUGAACCAACGAAGAAGAAAGCAAUAGAGAAGGCUCAUGCGGUCCUGGCUAAAGUUGGUUAUCCCGAGUUUAUUCUGAACGACACCUACCUCAAUGAAGAUUUAAAGCAGCUCAGGUUCAGUGAGAAGGACUACUACGGGAAUGUGAUGCAGACGUUGAAGUUCAUUGCCCAAUCUGAUAUCGCCUGGCUCCGAAAGAGCGUCCCACGUACAGAGUGGUUCACAAACCCAACGACUGUGAACGCCUUCUACAGUUCCUCGACGAAUCAAAUCAGAUUUCCCGCUGGAGAGCUUCAAAAACCCUUCUUUUGGGGAAGAGAGUAUCCGAGGUCUCUAAGUUAUGGCGCCAUCGGGGUGAUAGUGGGACACGAGUUUACACACGGCUUUGACAAUAACGGUCGCAGGUAUGACAAAAAUGGCAACCUGGUCUAUUGGUGGACCAACUCGUCUAUAACAGCCUUCAAUGAGAAGACCCAGUGUAUGGUGGAUCAGUAUAAUGGCUACCACUGGCAGGAGGCAGGCCUAAAUGUGCGGGGAAAGAGGACUCUGGCAGAAAACGUAGCAGACAAUGGAGGAAUAAGAGAGGCUUUUAGGGCAUACAGGCGGUGGAUAGAUGAGAGCAGAGGCGGCGUGGAGGAGUCUCGGCUGCCUGGAGUCGGACUGAACAACAACCAGCUGUUCUUCCUGAGCUAUGCACAUGUGAGAUGUAACUCAUACAGACCAGAAGCAGCCAGGGACCAGGUCCAGAGUGGAGCUCACAGUCCGCCGAAAUACAGGGUUAUCGGAGCGAUGAGCAACUACGAAGAGUUCCGGAAAGCGUUCGGCUGCCCCGAGUCGUCAGCUAUGAACCGAGGUGCAGAGUCCUGCCGGGUGUGGUGACCUUUAACCUCGGCUUCACCCUGAAUCCGGUCAGAGCUGCCAGCAGGACGUCUGUCGAAGAGGCAGAUGAAGCUGGACUCAGCAGACGUAGUUUACAUGAUGUGGGAACAAUGAAAAAUGAGUUGUUCUCACAGAAAACACACACUUAUGUUCGGGUAAGAGUGGGAAACGUUAAAGACUAAAGCCUUUCUUGAUGGGCUACUGUAUAGUUGUUACUGCAACAUAUUUUUAACUUUUUCCACAGGUACGUUUUCUACAUAAAUUAUGACUGAAGACAUUUUGUUAAGGGCCAUAGUUUAUGAAUUAUAGAAAUGUUGGGAAAAGAGGCGGCCCCAUUUUGCAACAACAGCCCUCUAUGUACUGUAAGUGUGACUCGAUGACUCGAGAACCUUUCUAAUAGGAAUAAAAAAUGUAUAUUUUAAAGUAAAGGUACAACAAAUAGUUUCUUGUUGUUAUUUUUUACAGGAAACUAUACUGUAUGUCAAAUAUUAUGGUAACUAUGGUGUGCAGAGAUAUAUCAGAUCAAUGUCUGCAUGGAUUCAUUAGAAGCCAAAAUUAAUUUAUACUUGAGCAUAAAUAUAAGCAAAACGUUUAAUAUUUAGUCCAAUUUUAUCUCUUAAAACCUAAUUUUUAGCUUUUUAAAUAAUUGUGAAAACUUGUAUCAUAAUUUUGUACCUGAUGUCAAAGUGUCAUAUUUUUAAGACCUAAUAUGAGGUUAAACUACUUAAGAUAUGUUGUGUUUGUGUGUAGGUGUGUGUGUGUGUGCGCGUGUGGGCUCUCCUUUGAUACGUCUGAGUCUCGGUUUCUGUUCCACUUUGACUUGUGUCAGACAUUUAUAUUCAUUCUGCUGCAGCUCAGCCCGAGGCAAAUAAACUGACUGAAUUACAGGAACUCAAAGUACAAGAUGCUCUCUCUCUUCCUGUUUCUGAACUGCACUGCUGAGGCGCACUCAAGCCAAUAAAAACAUUUCACUGGAAACGUGAAGGACAUUUCCUGUGCAUAUCAGAAGUAAUCUUUAAAAUACACGAUUGUUAUUCCUGAACUCAAUGUUCAGGUUUCGUCUUAUAGAUUAAAAUAAUUGUCACCAGAAAAUGUUAUGUAAUGUUUUUUUUUUUAUGUCUUUUCAUUUCACAUUUAUCUGACUGCCUUUUCUUUUUUUCCGCUUCUUGACGCACUCUUAUAGUUUCAACCCGAACUGAUUCCAGUUGAACAAUCAGUCGGGCUGCAACUGACACACAUGUUCACUACCGAUUGAUCCGUCAAUUAUUUCUAAGAUUCAUUUUUUGGUCUAAAAAAAAUGUAAUAAAAUAAUAAAACGUAAAACAAGAAAACAAGAGCCCAAUGUCAUGUCUUCAAACAUCUUGUUUUGUCUGUCCAUGUUUAAAACCUUAAGGUAUUCAGUUUGCAGUGAACACAGCAGACAUUACCUAUUUCUCCUUGAUAAAUGACUUAAAACGAAUAACCAAAAUUGUUGACAAUUCUUUUUGCCAAUUAACAAAUAGAUUGUUUUCUUUUCAGCGCUACAAAAAAAGCAUCUCUCUAAUCAACCAGAAAGGUUUAUUUUGAAACGCUGAAUAACAAACAUCCACAACUC